AUGGCCACUACCGACUCGAUCUGCUACACCCUCAUCAACGUCGAAUCGGACGACUCCGUCAACGAGGUGACCAUCCGCAAUGAUAUCGAGAAAGGCGACACCAAGGCCAAGGCAUCGGCCCUAAAGAAGCUCAUCUACAUGAUUCUUAAUGGAGAAAAGUUUCCGCCGAACAUGCUCAUGUUUGUCAUUCGGUAUCUGCUGCCUUCAAAUGAUCAUCAAAUCAAAAAAUUGUUGCUUAUCUUUUGGGAAAUUGUGCCUAAGCGAGGACCCGAUGGCAAACUCCUUCAUGAGAUGAUUUUGGUGUGUGAUGCCUACCGCAAAGAUUUGCAGCACCCAAAUGAAUUUAUUCGUGGAUCAACGCUGAGAUUUUUGUGCAAACUCAAAGAACCCGAGCUGUUGGAGCCACUUUUACCCACCAUUCGAACCUGUCUUGAGCACCGGCACUCGUAUGUGCGUCGCAACGCCGUCUUGGCCAUAUUUAAAAUUUACGUCAACUUUGAAUUCCUAAUUCCGGACGCCCCUGAACUUGUGCUCGACUUUCUCAGUCGUGAAUCUGACGCCAGCUGCAAGCGAAAUGCCUUUCUCAUGUUGAUUCAUCUCGAUCAGAAAAAAGCUUUGGAUUACCUCAAUUCCUGUCUUGAGCAAAUUGGUAGCUUCAACGAAAUUCUCCAGCUUGUGAUUGUUGAGCUAAUAUACAAAGUCUGCAUUUCCAACCCAAGCGAGCGAUCCAAAUUUAUUCGUGCAAUCUACAAUCUACUGAGCACUUCAUCCUCUGCAUCAGUGCGAUACGAAGCUGCUGCAACCCUGAUUACGCUUUCUCAGGCACCGACUGCAUUGAAAGCUGCCGCCAACUGCUUCAUUGACAUUUGCGUGAAGGAAAGUGACAACAACGUGAAGCUAAUUGUUCUGGACCGCUUAGUUUCUCUCAAAGACUCUGCUUCUGGAGCUGAGCGUGUCCUUCAAGAGUCCCUCAUGGACAUUCUGCGCAUCUUGAAUGUUGCCACAGACCUCGAAGUCAAACAAAAAGUUUUGAACCUUUCGCUUGAUUUGAUCAACUCGCGCAAUGUGGAAGAGUUGAUUCAGCUGCUAAAAAAGGAAAUUUUCAAAACGCAAAACGAGUCGCACGGAACAGCAGAUGAGAACAGCAAGUACUGUCAGAUGCUGGUGCGAACUAUUCACUCGGUUUGCAUGAAGUACCCCGAAGUGGUCAACUCUACCAACAUUUUAACCACCCUCUUUGAACUGCUCGUCAACAAAAACGACGAAACCACCGCUAUACUGGUCAUUGUUUUCUGCCGCCAGUUUAUCUCCACCAAUGCACAGAGCAAGAGCUUCAUCAUCAACAAGCUGCUGGAGAUUUUUCCCUCCAUCAGAAACGUCAAAGUGCACCGUGGCUUGAUUUGGAUUUUGGGCGAGUUUGGUGACGAGAGUGUGACGCAAAUUCAGGAAAUUUUAAACUUGAUCAAGCUGUCACUGGGCGACAUUCCCAUUGUGGAGAGUGAACUGCAAAAGCUGGAGGAAGGCGGCGAAGAGACUGGAGGCGACAAGGCGCCCAGUGCCGCUGCCGCCUCCACUGCGACUGGCUCCUCCAAGCUGGUCACUGCCGACGGCUCCUACGCCACCCAGUCUGCCCUUAGCGUUUCCAGCAAGGUAGCUGUCAAUGAUUCAUCAGUGCCCCCUCUUCGUCACCAUCUCCUCAACAAGAGCGAGUUUUUUAUUGGCACCGCGUUGGCCAACUGUCUGGUCAAGCUGGCGCUGCGUUACAAGCAUCUAGCGCACGACGCCGCUUCGGCCAACACUUUUCUGGCCGAAAGUAUGCUCAUUUUGACGUCCAUCUUGCACUUGGGCAAAUCAAAGCUGGUCUCGCAGGUGAUCAACGAAGACGACUAUGAGCGCAUCUCCCUCGCUCUGGUCAUUUUGAUAAACAUCAACUCUGAAAAGGCCAUCACUCCAGAGAUUGAACAGCUGAUGAAUGGCAUUUUCCUGCGCGAAACUCGCCUUUCACUUGGAAGCAUGCUGGAGAACUCAAAGGAAAUCGAAGUAAAGAGCGAUUCGGUUCUCUCUAAAACUAAGAACAAGAAGAUUGAGAGUGACGACCACAUCACCUUUUCGCAGUUGAUCAACAAGGCUGCUGAGCAAAUAGAAAACCAAUUUGACGUUAGUCUCACGCAAGCAAUCGCAGGCCCGACUGCCACUUCCACUGCCGGUAAAGGUGCCAAUGUGACAGACCUCAUUUCAGCCAGUAAGCUGAGCAAGGUGACCCAGCUGACGGGUUUCAGUGACCCCGUCUACUCGGAGUGCUACGUCAACGUGAACCAGUAUGACAUUGGCUUGGACGUUCUCAUUGUCAACCAGACUGCGGACACCUUGCAAAACUGCACCCUCGAGCUGUCCACCAUUGGCGACCUAAAGUUGGUGGAGAAGCCGCAGCCAAUUGUGCUUGCCCCACACGACUUUGCCAAUGUGAAGGCCUCCAUCAAAGUAACAUCCACUGAAAAUGUGGUCAUCUUUGGCAACAUAGUGUACGAUAUAUCUGGUUCCACUUCUGAUCGCAACGUUGUAGUAUUAAACGACAUCUACAUUGACAUAAUGGAUUACAUCAUUCCCGCUGCCUGCAGUGAUGCCCAAUUUCGGCAAAUGUGGGCCGAGUUUGAAUGGGAAAACAAAGUUACCGUUAAUACCAGCAUCAGCGACUUGAUGGAGUACCUGGGUCACCUCAUCAAGUCCACCAACAUGAAGUGCCUUACGCCGCAGAAAUCACUCUCCGGCAACUGCGGCUUCCUGGCUGCCAACCUCUACGCAAAGUCGAUCUUUGGCGAGGAUGCCCUUGCAAACGUGAGCAUUGAGAAGACCUCUAGCGAUGCACCGGUCACCGGACACAUUCGAAUUCGGGCCAAGUCGCAGGGAAUGGCUCUCAGUUUGGGGGAUAAGAUCAAUACCUCGCAGAAAACAGCUAAAGCGGCGUAG